AUGUUAAGAAACAAUCCUCCAGUUCCUUGGUGGAACUCUCGAUGUAUUGAAUCUAUAAAAUCAAAAAAGACUGCCUUCAAUAAAUUUAAGAGCGCAAAAUCCCAAGCUGAUUUCAUAGAAUUCAAAAAACGCAGAUCUCAAGCCAGACGUACAAUUAAAGACAGCAAAACAAUGAGUUGGCUUGCCUACACGAGUUCAAUAAAUUCUAAAGCAAACCCAAAACAAAUAUGGAAUACAAUUAAGGCUUUUAAAUGCAUCAACAUACGACAAUAUACAGAUCCUCAAAAACGAAAAUGA